AAAAACGAAAGAGAGACUAGCUGAUGAUAUGCGCCUUUUACGGUUUUUCAUUUCAAUUCGGAAUGUUCUUCGAGAACGAACGUUUGUGCAGAAUGCUCGAAUAAAUAUUUCGCCGUAAAUUAAGUCUUCGGCAACGAUAAAAAAACGAACAACGAUAACAAUAAGUGAAGAGUGAGCGACGAAUGUGCAUUCGCAUUUUUAAGUGAAAUAGUAAUUGAAAAAUAAACUUUUUAACAACAAUAUCUCGAGAAAAAAAUCACCAAAUUCUUCUUUGCUCGUUUGCGUGUUGAUCAUGUGUUGAUUCAAUUACUACUGUUUUUGUUGAGGAAAUAAAAAUAAAAAUAAAAUUCGCAUUUUAUUCAAAAGUUCAAGUUUCUUUGGAAAAGACAUUUCUCGUGAUAUUUGACUCGUGCUGAAUUGAGUAAGCUCACAGCUUUUUCUCCAGUGGUUGCCGCAGUGAUCGAUCGCAGUUUUCAACAAAACCGUGAUAUUUGCAGCAGUUAUGGUCUAUUUUAUCUCUUCUGGUAUGCAACCACGUAGCCCAUCAGGCGUUCCAUUGACGUCAAAAAGUCCAAUUAUGGAAACAGCAGCAAAUAGCACACAAUCAAUAACUGCAUCGCCCUUAUCAUCGCCACCAAUCAUGACAAUUUCACCGUCAAACACAUCGGCACAACAGCCGCAACAGCAACGAAAUUCGUUGCCGUUGAAAUUUUCGAUAGCAAAAAUUAUGGAACCCGAUUCAAAGCGAUCAUCAUCGAGCCCAGUAUCAAGUGCGACCGGUAAUAAUGCAAUUGCCGACGAUGAAUCCAGCUCGGCAUCAGAUGUCGAAGUUAUUUCGAUGUCAUCGUCAACCACAUAUGAUUCAGCGUUUAAGAAAUAUAUCCCAAAAUCGGCAGCAUCUUCGAUUCCAUCGAUCGCUGGUGGCAUUCAAGAUAGAGUACAACAUUUUGUGAGCAGCAGACAUCAGGAAUUAAUUAAUCAAUAUCCAUUGCUUUAUUAUCCGGGUCAAUUAAUGUGUGCUGCCGCACAAUAUGCUGCUCUAACACAGCAUACAAACGCUCUACUCGGCGCCAAUGCCACACAAGCCCCAUUCGAUUUGAGAUCAUUGAGCACAUCGAUCACACAUUUCCAGUCACAAUCGAUGCGACAAUCAAUUCUAAAUGAAAAACUCUCACCAUCACCCAUUUCACCAACAUCAUCCGGCAAUUUACCAACGUUACGCAACAUUUCACCACCAAAAAAUCAUUCACCCUCUUCAACGGGAAGCGCCAGUGUCAACUCGAACGCAGCAAAUCAAAAACAAAAAACAUUCGCCUGUCCCGAAUGCGGCAAAGUUUUCAACGCACACUACAAUCUUACGCGUCAUAUGCCAGUUCACACCGGCGCUCGACCAUUCAUCUGCAAAAUAUGCGGCAAAGGCUUCCGGCAAGCAUCAACACUCUGUCGUCAUAAGAUUAUCCACACUUCCGACAAGCCACACAAGUGUCAAACUUGCGGAAAAGCAUUCAAUCGUUCAUCAACUCUCAACACACAUAUUCGAAUUCACAACGGAUAUAAGCCGUACAAGUGUGAAUACUGUGGUAAAGGUAAGAGUUUCCAUCAAAAGGGCAACUACAAGAAUCACAAGCUGACGCACAGCGGUGAAAAGGCUUACAAAUGUUCGAUCUGCAACAAGGCUUUCCAUCAAAUCUACAAUUUAACUUUCCACAUGCACACGCACAACGAAAAGAAGCCAUACACGUGUACCGUUUGCUUCAAGGGAUUCUGUCGUAAUUUCGACUUGAAAAAGCACAUUCGGAAAAUCCACACCGAAACUGGUUCACGGAGUCGUUUGUUUGCUGGCCACUUGGGACAGCAUGGCCUUCGUCAGCGUGUGACACGGUCGGCAACAUCGAAUGCACCGAGUGCUGUUGACAGCCAACCACAAUCGAUUUGGCAAGCAACAACCGUUUCGAAUUUGAUUGGAUCGUCAUCCAUGAUGCGCGGCCAAAUACCAUCGUCACCAAAUGAUGGCACUCGAUCGCCUGGCGCCGAAUAUCAAAUCCCAUCAUUCAUUCUACCCGGUCAGAUCAAUAGCAAUGCACACGAAAAACUCGAUUCAAAUGCUCCAUUCAUCGCCAAAGUGUUUUGACAUCGAUACUAUUCGAAUCAGAGCGCAAAGUACAUGUCGAUUAAUUGAAUUUUUGAACGGUGAUGGAAACAGAAAAUUUGAUUUGAACGUAGAUUAUUUAAGCAUUUAUAUACACAUUUAAAGAAUGAUUUUCUCCUUGAUUUGGAACCGAAGAAAACGACGAUUUUCCAGUGCAAUAACAGAAAAUAAAAAUGAUUGAUUUAUAUACUUUUGUCGAUCGUAUGAUUGAUAACGACAGAUAUGGAAUUUUACUUUGGAUUUAAGUUCAUAAAGGCUUGCUUUCAUUUUUAUCAUAUAUAUAUAUAUA